AUGUAUUUUGAUAAGAGUGGGGAGCUGACUGCCAACUUUGAUAUCUGGAACUGGGUCUUGUUUCCCAAUAAAUCUCACAGCAGAAUGAAGGUUGGGAAAAUCGAGGAACAGGCAUCCUCCGACAUAAAAUUCACCAUUAAUCCGGAAGCCAUUGUGUGGCCUGGGAACUUCAGCAAGGUCGUGCCUUGUUCAAGGUGCACCCACAGCUGUCGCCCUGGAUAUGCCAGAGUGACUAAAGAAGGAGAGCCCAUUUGCUGCUAUGAUUGUGCUCCUUGUGCGGAAGGGACCAUCUCCAUUCAGGAAGAUGCAAAGCAUUGCACUAAAUGCUCAGAAGAUCAGCAUGCAAAUAAAGCGCGAGACAAAUGUAUACCCAAAACGAUAACAUUUCUGACUUAUGAAGAAACCUUGGGGAUUGUCCUGGUUUCCUUUGCCCUCUUCCUGUCCUUGACCACUGGUGUUGUCCUAGGAAUCUUCAUUAAAUACAAGGAAACUCCCAUAGUCAAAGCUAACAAUCGAGAUUUAUCCUAUAUCCUCCUCAGCUCCCUCCUGCUUUCCUUUUUGUCCUCCUUCCUGUUCAUCGGCCGGCCAAGGAAAGUGACCUGCCUUCUCCGACAAACAGCCUUCAGCAUCAUAUUUUCAUUCGCUGUCUCUUCUGUGUUGGCAAAAACCAUCACUGUGGUUCUGGCCUUCUUGGCCACAAAGCCAGGGAAUAAGGCGAGGAGAUGGCUGGGGAAGAGUCUGGCCAACUCCAUUGUCCUUUCAUGUUCCGGUAUGCAAAUUGUCAUCUGCACCAUCUGGCUGGGAAUCUCUCCACCCUUCCCAGACUCCGACAUGCACUCCCAGGCUGGAACAAUCAUCCUUCUAUGCAAUGAAGGAUCUGUUGCCAUGUUUUACACUGUCCUCAGCUACAUGGGCUUCCUGGCUGCCAUCUGCUUCAUGGUGGCUUUCCUAGCUAGAAAGCUUCCAGGGUCCUUCAAUGAAGCCAAGCUGAUCACCUUCAGCAUGCUGGUCUUCUGCAGUGUGUGGGUGUCCUUUGUGCCCACUUACCUGAGCACAAAAGGGAAGUACAUGGUAGCUGUGCAGGUCUUCUCUAUGUUGGCCUCCAGUGCUGGGCUUCUGGGCUGCAUCUUCAUUCCCAAAUGCUACAUUAUCAUAUUCCAGCCAGAUCUGAAUACAAAAGCACAUCUAACUACAAAAAGUGUACGCCCCAAACAUGUCUGGAUCUUCGGCCACAGCAUAGUACAUUUGGCGGCGGUCCAUGCCACCACGGGUUUAGCUGAUGAACAUCUGGGCCUUCAGCUGAAGAUCAACAUCUCUUGGUUCGGGCAUCGCGGAAUGUGCUGGGAUGCCCUCAUGCCCUGGUUGCGUCACGAGCUUGCGUUCCGUCCCCCGCCAGAUGCAGUUGUCUUCCACCUUGGCGAGAACGACCUCGUAGGGCAGAUCAACCAGAAUCCUCAGCUUUUACCCAAUGUCACCCUGGGCUACAACAUCUAUGAGGCUGCUUUUGAUGUCAGAACAGCGGCUGAUGCCAUGCUAGACAGCAUUCCAAGCUACAGCUGUGGAAGACAGAGUAAUGUUAUAGCUGUUUUUGAAGCAACUACUUCUGAAAUUGGCAGCCAGAUUUCAAGCAUGUUGGGCAUCUACAAAAUGCCCCAGCUUCACAGUUUCUUAAAAGAAAUCCAGUUUUCUAAUUCAUCCAUAGGAGGGAUGUAUUUUGAUAAGAAUGGGGAGCUGACUGCCAACUUUGAUAUCUGGAACUGGGUUGUGUUUCCCAAUAAAUCUCACAGCAGAAUUAAGGUUGGGACAAUCGAGGAACAGGCAUCCUCCGACAUAAAAUUCACCAUUAAUCCGGAAGCCAUUGUGUGGCCUGGGAACUUCAGCAAGGUCCUGCCUUGUUCAAGGUGCACCGAAAGCUGUCGCCCUGGAUAUGCCCGAGUGACUAAAGAAGGAGAGCCUGUUUGCUGCUAUGAUUGUGCUCCUUGUGCAGAAGGGACCAUCUCCAUUCAGGAAGGCGCUUCGCCCACGGCUGGAUCGGGCCCCAUUGUCGCCACUAGCGGCCUCCCGCCACCUCGGGCACUUCGCCCACGGCUGGAUCGGACCUUGUCACCUCCGCUAGCGGCCUCCUGUCGCCUCGGGCACUCGACCCAUGGCCGGAUCGGGCACCGCGUCCGCUGCUAG